AUGUUCUUUCUGGACAGAGAGCUGGACAAACUGCGGGAUCUGCAGCCGCCAGAAGCUGCAUUGCAGGAGGACACUGAUACCUUCAACCGCCACCUGCGCACAGGGGAGCAUCUGCUUGCCAGGCACCGGGGGGGGUUUGAGAGCGAAAACUUCUACACGUCCCAGGAUGCCAAGGAAGGCGUUCAAGUGGUGUGCGAAGGGGUGAAGGAUUUGCUCCUCAAAUGGGGCUUGCAGACAUCUGUCAAACUUGAAUGCAUGCUCCCCGAUUCCGCUGUUGAGGCAGAUGAGGAUUAUUUGCAUGGACUUCUGAGUUACAUCAUCAAAGGCGUCCGUGGCGAUGUUGCUCAAGCUUUGCCCCAGCAGUGGCUUGUCCUAAAGCAUGAAUAUGAGAAAAGACUGCAAAGUUUGAAUAUUGUUGAUGAAAGCGAGAUCCGGGAGAAAAAGAGGAUCACCGAUGGCACUUGGGGCACCGUGCUUGAGGGGGAAUGGGCAGAGGGAGGUGGCAGAGUGGCAAUAAAAAAGCCAAAGGGAAACAUGUCCAUUGAAGGACUUGCAAGUUUUCUCAAUGAGGCCAUUAGGCAAGCACUUCUGAGUCACAGUAAUGUUGUGCAGCUGCAUGCUGCCACCAAAUCUGGGUGGCUGGUGAUGGAGCUUGCUAACAGCAAUUUGGAGAAAGAGUGCAGAAACGCAAGCUUGGGCUGGUCAGCAAAGGGCAUCUUACUGCAUGGGGCAGCUGCUGGAUUGAAGCACCUGCACAGUCAGGAACCCAUUUUUGUGCAUGGCGACGUAAAAUCUGCGAAUUUCUUGGUGUUUGGCACACAGUCUGGAGGCAUCCAAGUAAAAAUAAGCGAUUUUGGUCAGACUUUUGCUCUUAUGGACAACAGAAGCAGGACCAUCAGAAAAGGGGGUGGCACACCCCUUUGGGUUGCUCCAGAGAUUUACGAAGGCAAACCACUCACUGCUGCUUCAGAUGUUUUUAGUUUGGGGGUGGUAAUGUACGAAAUCGUGACUGGCCUGAAGCCCUAUCCUGGUAUUCAACAAAAUUGCCUCCAUUUGAUGAAUAUCAAACUUGCAGGGAAGGAGCCUUGCCGUGUUCAACCAACUGACUGCCCUCCUGAAAUGCUGACCCUCAUGAGACGUUGCUGCGAUCUCAACCCAGAGAAGAGGCCCAAAAUGGCAGAAGUCGUCAGCUGUCUGCAAAACUUGCCAACAGCUUGGGAAUCUGAGGCUUCACCUCCUGGUGGCUGUCAGGCGACACGGCCAGAGCCACAGGAGAACAGUGAGAGGCCAAUUGUUGUGUCACAAACAUUGAAGAUACGAUUCGAUGGUGUCAGUUCUGAGCAGAACCGAGGGGCACUGGCUUCAGUUCGGACAAAACUGGGAACACUGGUGAAGAAGAAUGCAGCACUUGUGACUGGCUUUUGCGCAUUAGUUUCUUUUGUGGCCAUGGCCAAGGGAUCACUUGUUCUUUAUUUCAAGGUUGAUUUUGCUUCAGCUGCUGCUUCUGACUUGUUCAAAGAGAGCAUUGAGCAUUGGGUUAGAAGAACAAACCAAGCUGACAUCCUCAUGUCAUACCAGCAUCAGCCAGAAGUGACUGUAGUUGAGGAAGUCUGCACAGAGCAGGCUAAUGUUGGCCAACUGGAGGUUCGAAUUCGGGAGGUGAUGCAAGCAAUAGCAGAUGUGCCAAAAGUGCUGUACAGCCAGAACAUGGUCAAGUUCUUGCAGCACAAGAUCCGUCCCUUGGCACAGAAAACUUUAAGGAUGCCGGAGGGGGGCAGUGUUGCAGCUUGGAGGAACGACUUGACAUUGUUGCUGUAUGACAUGAAGGCUGCACUGCAGCUGGUCAGGGAGCACAGUUGCUUUGAUGUUGCCAUUCUCAAUAGGACUGAUGACACAUGUGCUGCCGUGGAGCAUGCGCUCAGGGCCAUCAGCUAUUUUGUGUGCAAAUGGGAGCUGCCCUGCGGCACUGAAACUCCUAGUGUGGUUCCGCUAGAGUAUGUAGAGAAAGAUGCAGAAGCCAUGACCAAAGUGCUUGGGCACGUUUUUGAACGCAGGUCACUGGACCUGUACGUGGGUGACAGACAGGCAGAGAGCCAGUGGGAAUUGGUGAAGCAUUGUUUUGAGGAAAACAGGCGGCAGCUGGAUACCAUACCAGAAGAUGAGGUAAUUUGGGAAAAUAGAAUUGCUGGCAGUGUCUAUGAAGUCAGAUGGAGGGGAACCAAGUUGGCAGGAAAGCAAUUGGUUCCUCUUGAGAAGGGGUAUAUGAGGCUGGAGGAUUUUCAAAAGCUGCACACGGAUGCAUACCAUGCAUCUUUAGAUCCAAGGUACAGUGUCAAGCUGCACGGUGUUACGAGGUCGGGAGCCAUACUCAUGGACCUGGCAACAUGCAACCUGAAUCAAUGGUGUACAUGGGUGGCUGCAUUUGCUGAUGAAGAAAAGGUUCGUUUGAAGCUCAGGGUUCUGGCCCAAGCAGCAAGAGCCCUGCAUUCUGUCCAUUCCUGGGGCAUGGUGUAUGGAAAUGUGAACAGCAGCAAUUUUCUGUUGUUUGGGGCGGAACCUGAAGACUGCAUUGUCAAGAUUGCUGAUCUCCCACUGUUUAUCAAGUGUUGGUACAAAGAUUUCAUUUCUACCCCAGUGACUGGACGCUGGGUGGCCAAAGAGAUGUAUGAACAAGAUGCCAUGACUUUCAAGUCUGAUGUGUUUGGGCUUGGGUGCACUGCCUAUGAGCUGGUGAUGGAAGAGGUGCCAUAUGGAAAGAAGAGCUCUGAAGCUGCGAUUAUGAAAGCCAAGAUGGAUGGAAAGCAACCGUUCAACAUUCCUGAGGACAUCAGGCGACAAUGGCCUGACGAAGUGCUUGACAUAAUGGAACGAUGUUGUUUGCCUCAACCUGAGGACAGGCCUUGCAUGCAGACUGUGGAUGACGUGCUGCAGCAGUGGCACCCUUGUGGGCAAGGGGUGCGGGAGCCGGCACCAGCUUGGAAUCGAUUGCAAUUUUUAGGGAAGGAGACGAACAAAUCCACACGUCAGGCAACAGAGUUGAGUGGUGUCAAGCUGCCAGGAGCAUUGGGAGCAGUUCAGGAGCGCGAAGAUGAUACCUGGACGGCCCUCAUUUGGGCUGCAAGCAAUGGCGAAACAAGCUCCGUGGCGCUGCUGCUGGAAAAGGGCGCAUCGGUAGACCAGGCUACGAUGGAUGGCAGAACAGCCCUCACUGUGGCCGCAAGAGAUUGCCACACGAGCACCGUGGCACUGCUGUUGGAAAAGGGCUCAUUGGUAGACCAGACUGAGGAGUCUGGCCGGACUGCCCUCAUUUGGGCCGCAAGGAAUGGCAAUACAAGCAUCGUGGCGCUGCUGUUGGAAAAGGGCGCAUCGGUAGACCAGGCUGAUAGAGAUGGCUGGACGGCCCUCAUUUGGGCUGCAGACAAUGGCGAAACAAGCACCGUGGCGCUGCUGUUGGAAAAGGGCGCAUCGGUAGACCAGGCUACGAUGGAUGGCAGGACAGCCCUCACUGUGGCCACAAGAGAUGGCCACACAAGCACCGUGGCGCUGCUGUUGGAAAAGGGCGCAUCGGUAGACCAGGCUGAGGAGGGUGGCCGGACAGCCCUCAUUUGGGCCGCAAGGAAUGGCAAAACAAGCACCGUGGCGCUGCUGCUGGAAAGGGGCGCAUCGGUAGACCAGGCUGAGGAGGGUGGCCGGACAGCCCUCAUUUGGGCCGCAAGGAAUGGCAAAACAAGCACCGUGGCGCUGCUGCUGGAAAGGGGCGCAUCGGUAGACCAG